AGUUGCGCGGGAAACCUUCCUCCAAUCAUUUCCAUCCCCUCUAAGCUAAGACUAAGUUUGUUCCUCCCUCUCUCUCUCCAUUUUAAAAAUAAGUGAAAAUGUUUGAAGCAAGGCUAAUACAGGGGAGUGUCCUAAAAAAGAUGAUUGAUGCCAUCAAGGACAUUGUCACUGACAUUAAUCUGGACUGUUCUUCAACUGGUAUUAGUGUACAAGCAAUGGACUCUGGUCACGUCUGCUUGGUUCUCAUUGAGCUAGGAUCUGACGGGUUUGAGCCGUAUCGCUGUGACAGGAACAUCACUCUAGGACUAGGACUUAAAGCGUUGUCCGUGGUAGUAAGGUGUGCUAAUAAUGAUGACUCCAUUACAAUAAAAGCUCAAGAAGGAACCGACAACAUCAACUUUGUCUUUGAGAGUCCGAAUGGCGAGAAAACGUCACAAUUUGAAAUUAAAUUGAUGGACAUUGAUAGCGAACACUUGGGAAUACCUGAUACAGAGUAUGAUUCUGUGGUUAAGAUGCCGUCUCACGAGUUUCAAAGGAUUUGUCGGGACAUGUCUCAACUAGGAGACUCGAUUGUUGUAGCUUGCACUAAAGAUGGCAUACAAUUCUCAGCUUCUGGCGACAUGGGCAGUGGCAAGAUUAACCUAAGACAAAGUUCGCUUGUUGACAAAGAAGAGGAUCAAAUUAAUAUUGAGCUCAACGAUCCUGUCCACUUGACCUUUGCACUCAGAUAUUUGAAUUAUUUUACCAAAGCCACGCCUCUAUCACCCACUGUGACCCUCUCACUAAAAGCAGAAUCUCCGCUAUGUGUCACAUACCCCAUUGGUGACUUUGGUUCAAUGAAGUUCUUUUUGGCUCCAAAGAUUGAUGAUGAAGACACAGCAGCUGCUACUCAAGAAUAAAGACUCACGCACACAUAUUUAUGUUCACACCAUCUUGUAUCACUAUUGCUAGUGAUAAUAAUUAUAUUUAUUAAAAAUACCCAAAAUCUGUAAA